AUGGAGCACACUUAUCCAAUGGUACAACAACGAACAGAAGAAGAACCAACAGUGUUAGGAAAUUCGUCAUUCGGUUCUAUCAUCAGAGGCACCCGAGGGCACUUGUCAAGCUUCAUCGACAGCGUCAGUCAGUGGCUGGCGACAACCUCAGGAGCUCGUGAGGACGAGCUCUCGCUCGAUAGCUGCCACAGUGCUUUCACACCCGUGUCUAGGAACACGUUUUCGAUGGCUUCAACAUCGGUCCCGGAGAACUACUAUGUGGUUCCGAUAGGGGAGACUCAAAUGGUUGUGCUGAAACGAUAUGAAAACCUACGGCUUAUUGGCUCAGGUGCUCAAGGGAUUGUUUGUGCUGCUACCGACACGGUAACUAAUAAGCCUGUUGCUAUAAAAAAGUUAUCCCGUCCUUUCCAAAAUGUCACGCAUGCGAAACGAGCAUAUAGAGAGUUUAUUCUUAUGAAUCUUGUCAAUCAUAAAAAUAUUAUUGGAUUGUUGAAUGCGUUCUCUCCCCAGAGAGAAGUUGAAGAAUUUAAUGACUUAUAUAUUGUUAUGGAAUUGAUGGAUGCAAAUUUGUGCCAGGUCAUACAAAUGGAUUUGGAUCAUGAACGGUUAUCAUAUCUAUUGUAUCAAAUGUUGUGCGGAAUCAAACACCUGCACAGUGCUGGAAUAAUUCAUAGGGAUUUGAAACCUUCCAACAUCGUGGUCAAGAGUGACUGCACUCUAAAAAUCUUGGACUUCGGGCUUGCAAGGACAGCUGUAGAAGCAUUCAUGAUGACACCUUAUGUAGUUACGCGAUACUACCGUGCUCCAGAGGUCAUUCUUGGAAUGGGCUAUGGAGAAAACGUUGAUGUGUGGUCGGUUGGAUGCAUAUUCGGAGAACUCAUCAGAGGACGCGUACUCUUCCCGGGUGCUGACCAUAUUGAUCAAUGGACACGGAUAAUUGAAUUAUUAGGGACUCCCGAACCCCAAUUUUUAGCAAGAUUACAAACGACUGUACGAAAUUACGUCGAAAAUCGGCAGCGGUACCAACCAGUGCCGUUUGAAACUUUAUUUGCCGAUAAUAUGUUCCCGCCAGGAGCCGACAAUGCACGCCUGACAGCUGCAAAAGCGCGAGAUCUUCUAUCACGCAUGCUAGUGAUUGAUCCUGAAAAGAGAAUAUCAGUCGAUGAUGCAAUAGCACACGAAUAUGUGAAUGUGUGGUACGAUGCUUCUGAGGUCCACGCUCCCCCACCUGGUCAAUACGAUCCUUCCGUUGAUGGCGAACAUACGGUUGAGGAGUGGAGAGCCAUGCUGUUUGCGGAACUGCAAAACUACUACAGAACACAUGACGUGUACGGCGUUGGACAGCGCCGCUCUGCAUCUGCUUCGACAGCCCCAAUUCAAGAUGAUAACGACAAAAUCAAGAAUGAAGAGGAUGUGAGCAAGCUUGAGCCGUAUGUGGAAUUUCAUUGCUCCAUAUGCCAGUUGAGUGAGAAAUGUUUCUUUGGAGAUUUGAAAGCCUCUGAUGGCUUUUAUCCUGCUCCAGUGUUUUACAUGAGGGAUCCCUUUGUACCUCCUCGACGUGUGAAAGGGAGAAAAGCAGUACUAUCUGACUUCCUCGUCCUCGGCUCGUCAUGUUCCAUCUGCAAUCAAUCUGUUUGUCUCGAUAAGACGUGUAGCGUGUACUUUGGCGCGUUGUUCUGCACGACAUGCAUCACUCGCGAACGGCGCAGAUUUCCGGAAAUGCUGCUUCAGAUGGUCGAAAAGGCGAAGUCCGCUUCAUCGGAUAAAACUAAGUGAGCCCUCUCCGCAUAUCUCUGAUUUCCCAAAGAUAUUCUCGGAAUUUUUUGGAUUUAAGCGGUUUCCAGUUUGUGCUGCCUCCAUGUAUAUAAACAAUUUUUCGCAGUUUAUUUCCACUUAUUCAACUCAUUUCUUGAGUCCCAUUAUAAGAUCUCCUUCAAUGAAGAAUUUGGACC